AUGAUCGUCACAUUAGCAGUCAGAGUUCUUCAGUUGGUGUUUGCAAUAAUUGUCCUCGCGCUGUCCAUCGUCUUGAUCAAAAACUUCGGUCCUGUGUACGAAGGAGCCAAAGAAGGAAAGGUGCCGUCGUUAAUAGACUAUGGUGUAUUCUGUGGUGGAGCGUCGAUUGUCAUUGCCAUCGUUGGAGUCGUAGCUGCAUUCUUUGAGGCACUUCAAGGCGUCAUAAUCCUCGCUCUCGAUGCACUUGCGAGCUUCUUUCUACUUGCCGGAGGACUCGCAUUUGCCAUUCAAUUGAAAGUUGGAAAUUGCUCAGAUCUCUUUUACUUGAGCGACCAUUCGAAGCUUUUUAGCGCCGAUGAGAUGAAAAAUUACGGAAUAGACCCAACCAAACAUCAAGAUAAGUACGCCAAGGCAGUCCUCGCCGACGACACCUAUCGAUGCCAGAUACUCCAGGCCGAAACUGCGUUUGUCUGGUUCUUGUUUGCAUGCUUCUUGGGCACCACAGCCCUUAGCUUCACUAUGAGAAGCAAGGGUGGCAGGGGAACAAUGGUCUGA